AUGGAGUGCAGUCUCAGACCAGAUGCUCAUUUCCAGAGCCGCAAAGACCUGCAAUAUGGAGCUUGUCAUGACAGUGGAUACCUGGACAGUGGUUACAGCCCUAAAAUGGACAGUGGAGACAAAUUUGCCCUCUCAAAGUGUUUUUCUUCAGAUGGUUUUCAUGAAACGCCUAAAGAGAACCUUUCACAGAAAUGCGAACCUCUGUCACCCAGAAAGAACAGACUAAAAGAGGGCGUCAGGAGUCCACAGAAAGACAUUCUGAAGGAGCGGCCAUUGCAGAAUGGCUGGUGUGAAACUCCUAAAGUAUCCAAGAGAGAUCCAUCUCUGAGACGACGUCUCCUCAUGUCUAAAUCGGAGGGUAAAACUGCAGACAACACAAAAACACCAUGCGCUAAAAGGACUGACUCGUCAGUGAACGUGAGAACUGACCGCUGCUCCAACGUGGUCUUUGACUCACCAGAUGCCUUUACUAUUGGAGCUUUAGCUACGAGCACUUUAAACCCAGAGGACGUGCUUCUGUCCAGCAGGAAACGGCGCCUCCUCUUCCCGCUUGUAAAAACCUCAACGCUUGAAGAUGGUAAAUGCAACACGACCAGCCUCCCUCUCUUUGAGAGAAAGGCGUCCGCUGCAUCGCUCUCGGAUGCAGACUUGGAAGAGAGCAUCAUCUCCUCAGACCGCCUUUCCACUGAGAUGCCGGAGACCCCACGCUGUAGCAGAUUAACACCCUCGGUGAAAGAGAACUUCCAGACUCCAGUCAACAACAACGUAGCAGCUGACCUCUCUGACAGCCUGAGUGUCCUGAGCACCCCUUCAUCCACCCCUACUCAUAAACACGACCAUGACACCCCUUCAUCCACCCCUACUCAUAAACACUAUGACCAUGACACCCCUUCAUCCACCCCUACUCAUAAACACUGUGACCAUGACACCCCUUCAUCCACCCCUACUCAUAAACACUGUGACCAUGAAACCCCUUCAUCCACCCCUACUCAUAAACACUAUGACCAUGAAACCCCUUCAUCCACCCCUACUCAUAAACACUAUGACCAUGAAACCCCUUCAUCCACCCCUACUCAUAAACCACUGUGACCAUGACACCCCUUCAUCCACCCCUACUCAUAAACACUGUGACCAUGACACCCCUUCAUCCACCCCUACUCAUAAACACUGUGACCAUGACACCCCUUCAUCCACCCCUACUCAUAAACACUGUGACCAUGACACCCCUUCAUCCACCCCUACUCAUAAACACUGUGACCAUGACACCCCUUCAUCCACCCCUACUCAUAAACACUGUGACCAUGACACCCCUUCAUCCACCCCUACUCAUAAACACUGUGACCAUGACACCCCUUCAUCCACCCCUACUCAUAAACACUGUGACCAUGACACCCCUUCAUCCACCCCUACUCAUAAACACUAUGGACCAUGACACCCCUUCAUCCACCCCUACUCAUAAACACUAUGACCAUGACACCCCUUCAUCCACCCCUACUCAUAAACACUGUGACCGCUCCGUGUCUGAGGACAGUGGCUUCAGCUCCCUGGCUCUGGAUAAGUCCCAGGACUCCACGGUGGACAAUGAUGGUUCCUUCCAGGAGCUGCUGUUGCCAUCAGGCAGCUCCAGGUGCAAGGAGACCCCCAGCAGGCUGGCUGAGAUGAAGAGGAGGUAGGCUGGAUUAGCUUUUUCACUUCCAAUGAAUGCCCUCGAACAGUGUUUCUCAACUCCAGUCCUUGAGUACCCCCAACAGUAUAUACAAAUGUGUGAUGUUUGGGGUACUCAAGGACUGAAGUUGAGAAACAUUGCCCUAGAAAAUUUCAGUUUUGUAGUUUAAUUAUUGUAAUAAUUAUUAAUUUCAUUAUAAGUUGUACUUGGUGUAAUUCAGUUUGCAUCUUGCUUCCGUUUUGCAAAAUUAUUUAUUAAGUAAAAAAAUAAACCUCAUCAUCAUCAUCAGGUCCAGACUGGAGCGCCAGCGCCGCCUCUCCACUCUCCGAGAGGGGGGUUCCCAGUCUGAGGGGGACCGUGACGUCAGGGCCCUGGCAGCCCACAGAACUCAUCACAGAGAGAAGAACCUGACAUCCCAGGCACAUCUGGAGCGCAGCAUCUUCAAGGAGGAUGACCGUGACGUCUUCCUGGAAGUGACUCCGCCGAAAACAGCCACCGUUAAGCUAGAGGACCUGUCCCUCACGCCGGCCCUGCAGAUGGUCCAGGCCCUGUCCCAGAGGACCUCCAGGAUGUUGCUGGAGCAGACCAGUAUGGAGGAGCUGCUGAGGGCCUCGGAGAAAGAGGCCUUCAGGACCACCAUGCCCCUGGCUGGGCUGAUCGGCAGGAAGAUGGGCCUGGGGAAGGUAGACAUCUUUACUGAGCUGAAGAAGAAGAAUCUCAGACACAUCCUGGCUAUGAUCCUCAAUCAGCUGUCCUCUGAAGAUGUCUAUAGGUGAGGAGUUUAUUUACUGUAUAUACAAUGCCUUCAGAAAGUAUUCAUACCCCUUGACUUAUUCCACAUUUUGUUGUGUUACAGCCUGAAUUAAAAAUGGAUUAAAUAAAUAAAAUAAAAAUCUCACACAAUACACCAUAAUGACAGUGAAAACAUGUUUUUAGAAAUUGUAGCAAAUGUAUUGAAAAUGAAAUGCGUAUCUCAUCUACAUAGGUAUUCACACCCCUGAGUCAAUACUUUGUAGAAGCACCUUUGGUGACGGUUAUAACUUUGAGUCGUCUUGUCUGUCAGGAUUUUCUUCCCUGCUUCCGUCUGGCCACUCUCCCAUAAAGCCCAGAUCGGUGAAGUGCUGUAGAGACUGUUGUCCUUCUGGUAGGUUCUCCCAUCUCAGCCAAGGAACUCUGUAGUUCUGUCAGAGUGGUCAUUGGGUUCUUGGUCACCUCCCUGAUCAAGGUCCUUCUUUCCCGGUUGCUCAGUUUGGUCGGAUGGCCAGCUCUAGGCAGUCUGGGUAUUUCCAUAUUUUUUCGAUUUCCUAAUGAUGGAGACCACUGUACUCUUGGAAACUUUCAACACUCUAGAAAUUGUUUUAUACUCUUCCUCAGAUGCAGUACCAGUCAAAAGUUUGGACACACCUACUCAAUCCAGGGUUUUUCUAAAAAUGUUUUACUAUUUUCCACAUUGUAGAAUAAUAGUGAAGACAUCAAAACUAUGAAAUAACACAUAUGGAAUCAUGUAGUAACCAAAAAAGUGUUUAACAAAUCAAAAUAUAUGUGAGAUUCUUCAAAGUAGCCACCCUUUGCCUUGAUGACAGCUUUGCACACUCUUUGAAUUCUCUCAACCAGCUUCAUGAGGUAGUCACCUGGAAUGCAUUUCAAUUAACAGGUGUACCUUCUUAAAAGUUAAUUUGUGGAAUUUAUUUCCUUAAUGCGUUUGAGGCAAUCAGUUGUGUUGUGACAAGGUAGGGGGGGUAUACAGAAGACAGCCCUAUUUGGGAAAAGACCAAGUCCAUAUUAUGGCAAGAGCAGCUCAAAUAAGCAAAGAGAAACGACACUCCAGCAUGUCAAUCCUGAACAUUUCAAGAACUUUGAUAGUUUCUUCAAGUGCGGUGGCAAAAACCAUCAAGCGCUAUGAUAAAACUGGCUCUCAUGAGGACCACCACAGGAAAGGAAGACCCAGAGUUACCUCUGCUGCAGAGGAUAAGUUCAUUAGUUACCAGCCUCAGAAAUUGCAGCCCAAAUAAAUGCUUCAGAGUUCAAGUAACAGACACAUCUCAACAUCAACUGUUCAGAGGAGACUGCAUGAAUCAGGCCUUCAUGGUUGAAUUGCUGCAAAGAAACCACUACUAAAGGACACCAAUAAUAAGAAGAGACUUGCUUAGGCCAAGAAACACGAGCAAUGGACAUUAGACUGGUGGAAAUCUGUCCUUUGGUCUAAUGAGUCCAAAUUUGAGAUUUUUGGUUCCAACCGCCGUGUCUUUGUGAGACGUGGUGUGGGUGAACGGAUGAUCUCUGCAUGUGUGGUUCCCACCGUGAAGCAUGGAGGAGGAGUUAUGGUGUGGGGGUGCUUUGCUGGUGACACUGUCUGUGAUUUAUUUAGAAUUCAAGGCACACUUAACCAGCAUGGCUACCACAGCAUUCUGCAGCGAUACGCCAUCCCAUCUGGUUUGCGCUUAGUGGGACUAUCAUUUGUUUUUCAACAGGACAAUGACCAAAAACACACCUCCAGGCAGUGGAAGGGCUAUUUGACCAAGAAGGAGAGCGAUGGAGUGCUGCAUCAGAUGACCUGGCCUCCACAAUCACCCGACCUCAACCCAAUUGAGAUGGUUUGGGAUGAGUUGGACCGCAGAGUGAAGGAAAAGCAGCCAACAAGUGCUCAGCAUAUGUGGGAAGUCCUUCAAGACUGUUGGAAAAGCAUUCCUCAUGAAGCUGGUUGAGAGAAUGCCAAGAGUGUGCAAAGCUGUCGUCAAGGCAAAGGGUGGCUACUUUGAAAAAUCUAAAAUAUGUUUAACACGUUUUUUGGUUAGUACAUCAUUCCAUAUGUGUUAUUUCAUAGUUUUGAUGUCUUCACUAUUAUUCUACAAUGUAAAAAAUAAAAAAUAAACCUUGAAUGAGUGUGUGUGUCCAGACUUUUGACUGGUACUGUAUGUAAAUGAGAUUUCUGUAUUUCCAUUUUUAAUCAUAUUUGCUAACAUUUCAAAACAUGUUUUCACUUUUGUCAUUAUGGGGUGUUGUGUGCAGAUUGGUGAGAAACAAUCCAUUUUGAAUCCAGGCUGUAACACAACAAAAUGUGGAAUAAGUCAAGGGGUGUGAAUACAUUCUGAAGGCAGUGUGUGUUACAGAUCCACCGACGCGUGUGCGAUCAAAACGCUGCCUAGAACAUUAUACCACGUCAUUGUCAUGACAUUGUUGCGUGUGUUCUGCUGGUCCUCAGGGUUGGUCAGGUGUCUGAUAGUUGGAAUGAGAUCAUAGUUCAAAACAAGAUGUCCGACCGCAGGAGGAGACGCUACCUGUUGGACGUCAAGGCAGCUCUGGAGGUGAGGACGCCACCUGUAACCGCGUUGAUCUCGGAUCAGGUCCCAUCUGGCCAUGUAGUCUUAUUCAUUUAUGAUCUAAAAAGGCAAAACUGAUCCCAGAUCAGCAUUCGUACUGAGACACUAUGAAUAUAGCUCCAGUCAGAUUUUCUAUAAAUAGUACACAUCUACUUUCAUUCCCUGUGUGUGUGCAGCUUGGCAGUGCAGUCCAUGUCCCUGAUGCAGAGACCAGGUUGACCCUGCUGAGCCGGUCAGCCCUGAAGUCAGUCCAGGCCCAGUCCAGGACCCCCAGUUCCAGCACCCGUGGUACCCCCCAGUCAGCCACAGGAACAGGCUCUUUAACCCCCGUCCAGCACAACUCAGCCAGCAAACAGGACCUGUUCGUACAGGUUAGUCCACUUUGUAAUGUACAGUAAUGUUUUUAUGGUCACAUUAUGAGGCCAUAUGUUUCAGGUAUAUGAAAAUAAGAGAUUUGUUUAUGGCCGUGAUUAAUUAAAACAGCAUUUGACACACAGGGAUGUUUUUUUUCUUCUCUUAAACACACAUCCCACUAACGUCACUAUUUUAUGAUACCUCAUUGCUGUAAGUUUAUCAAAUAAGCCAAAUAUUGUGGAUCCCUCCCUGUAGAGAAGGACACUAGCCCUAAUGUUAUAUUGUGGAUCCCUCCCUGUAGAGAAAGACACUAGCCCUAAUCUCUGUUAUGUUGUGUUUUCCGUCCUCCUAGGUGGCCAAAACCCUCUUCAGUGAUGAAUGUCUGAAGCCCUGCCCUCGAUGCAGGCACCCUGCUAGGUGUCACUCAGUGAAGAUGGAGGGUGUGUGUAGCAGGGUUGACUGUGGCUUCCAGUUCUGUACAGGCUGCCUUUGUGCCUUCCACGGGUCCAAAGAGUGCGCUAGCGUGUCAGCCAUGCGACGCAGCAAAAAGGAUGUUCUUCCCGGGAGUGCUCAGAGCAAGCGCAACGUCAGGCGAUUGUGA